AUGGUCUGCUUACUGUCCGACUCCUGGGAGACGUCGUCUUCGUCGACUACGGCCCCUCCGACCCCUCCGUCACCGCAACCUCCAAGUCCUAGACCCACUCCUAAUUUCUCCGAACCCACCGCCCGAAGCUUCCCUCCUAGAAUCCCACAAUGGGAUAUUCAACAAAUAAAUCCAAAUUUUACCCCAACUUCGUCCUUCUCAUUCACCUCGCCUCCAAAAAACAACCCUCCUUUUGGACCGAAACAACCUCCAUCUCAAAGAACCUCUUUUAAUCGAAAACCUAAACCUUCUUCAAGCCGCAUUAGGAUGGGCAAAAAUUCUUCUGAAGACACAAAAGCUGACAUCGAUAGGAUCCAUCAGAUACUUAGUACCACAGUAAUGAGUCAAAAAUACGCGACUUCCUUCCAUCAGCAGCAAGUCUGCAUGCAACCUAGUUCUCGAACAUACACUUUCGAUGAUGCCGAUGAAGAUGGUGUCAUCAACAUCGCGAUCGAUGCUGAGCAACGUCUCAAGGAUUUCAUGGAAUCCUGUAAUAGCUGCGACACCCUCGGAGAUCAAAUGUCAAAGAUUGUUCAUGGCCAAUGUAUUGAGCUCUUCAGAGUUCGCUGUGAUGAAGGAGAGAACGGCGAACGGCGAAUCCAAGGGCUAGAGCUUGACCUCCGCCAACUCAAAAGGCCUGAGGUUGGACAGAUGAUAGGUGACUCCCAAUCCGCUCGUAUGAAACUACUGGAGGCUCGUAUGAGGGGAACAGAUAGUUCAACGGCAACAGUGGAAGAGGAUGAUGUUUGGCUCGAUAACGAUGAAGAGGAGGGUCUUGGGAGUGUUAGGCUACUCGAAGGGAUACAGAGCAUUGCCAAAAAAUACCAAGAUCAAGAGGGUGAAAAGCGUAGGCGUCUUGGUGUCGAUCAGGAAGUUAUUAUUAGACCUACAGCCAAGGCUGGCGAGGAGACCAACUUUAAGGAAUCUAAAGAUGCAGAAAAGAACGAAGACAAAUCUAGGGCCUCGCCCUUAAGUACUACCAAAGCGGUCCCACUCACUCAACCACGCAACCGCAACUCCAAGCAAGGCUCAUCCGUUCAGAUGAGAUCUAAGAAAAAGAAUAAGAAGAAAAAUAAAGAGCGGAAGGAAGAUAACAAUGGAAUAGAGAUCACUAAAAUCGUCACGCCAAUGGAGUCUAUCAUCAUUUAUGAUGCUCCAACCGAAGGAGAUCUCUCCUUACGCAAUCCUCAGACUGCGUGGGCUCAAAGAAAAGGGGAUGAGCUCACCAUAACGCAAGGUGACGAGCAAAUCCCAACGAGUCCCCACAGCUUCCCAGCAGGGAAUGGUGAGAGCGAUAUUUCUGGCUUGAUGUAUCGCAACCGCCUUGACAACGAAAGAGAGAAAUACCGAAACCUCUAUUCCGUUCAACCACCUCGUGGAAAACCCCGAACCAAUGUCUUUAUUCUCUAUUCCACAGAAGAUGAGAAGGCUAGCCCACACCAUCGAAUGGAUAUCUUCUCUCAGCCAGCAAACGAAAAUAACUUCCCAUCGCCGAUGAUGGGCUCUGUCAAACCAAUUGAUCCUGAUGACGUUUUUGAAGAGAAUGAAAUGCCGAUUUCGAGUUUAAAGCGUGUCUCUAGCGAUAGAGAACACGGGGACAGAGAGCAACCGGGCGCGUUAAUAAUCCCCCCAAGCUCUACGCUUACGCACGAAGAUAUGGAUAACGAUGUUGCGACUGCCAUGGAGGCACUCCAAUUAAAGGAUGGCGGAGCCGGAAAUAUCGAUCUCGAGGCGACUCUUGAUGUUUUAAGGAGAGACCAAGAAAGAGUGUCCGCGGAGAUUAAUCGCUUGUUAGAGGUCCAAGAAAAAACCAGGGAUCAGGACCGCGAAGUCGAUCUAUUGUUGAGAGAGAGCAGUAUGCCUCUAGUCAAAUACACGAUAAUGGAGCCAGGACAGCAAUUCUCUCUGUCGCAGGCUCUGGACGAUCUCAUCGACCUUGGGGCACAAAAUGCACCAAACUUCGAGCCCCAGUCCCCAGGAGAACAAGGUGAUGGCCAAAUUUCGUCUACUCCCCUGUAUAUUCCAUCGGAUGGCUGCAAACUGCCUACUCAACAGCAGAAGCAGGAAUGGUUAGAUUCCAUUGCUUCGUCCUCAACAUCAACUACUUCGACAGAAGGAAGCGAGUUUGAUCUCGGCGACAGUAUAAGCCAAGCAGAUACCUAUCCUAGAGAUGGGCACUCCAUGAUUUCUGAUACCUCACAGGAGCCUCAAACUUUUACUACGGCUGAGGGAUCGAUGGCUCCUUUACUCACUCCGCAUUUAAGACACCCGCAGGGUUUUGAAGCGGAAGUCCGCCCUAGCGUCUCGCUAGAUGACAUUCCCACACCCCUCGCUCACCCAGGUCCUAAUGUGAGCCUCAAGACCAUAAGGCCACUUUUCGAAAGACUAGGCUAUGAAUUCGAGAACCUAGAUACUUCAAUCACGAGAAAGGGUGGAAAAAAGCAAAAGAUCAAAUCGGGAGUGCUGAAAACGGAAUGGACAAGCGAUAUGCAGGAUGUGUUCGAGAGUUCAUAUCCGCAAGAGAAAAGACAUGCAGACGGAGUUGAAAGAGCUAACCUUGAGGUAUGUGGCAGCGAUUUAAGCGUAUCCGCGCUUGGUGUAUCGGACAAAAUCCAGCCGCUCCCGGAUGCGAAAUCCUCCGUUGAGGCCCAUACGGAACCUGAACCCGAAGGUUUCAAGAUCCCAACAGCGAGCUUCACGUUGGAGAGCGAUUUGGUAAUUGAUAUGGAGGCUCCAAAACGCAAGGUCCCAGAAACUCCGUUACGCCUCAAAAUCCCCAUGAAAACGCCCCUUAAAGGUAUCUUGAAGAAAACCUCGCAAUUCACAAAACUGACGGACGAAGGAUCUCUUGCUAUCGGGCCUGUCGGAGCUGACCGUGCACCAGACAAGGAAUCUAAGGCGCUAAGGCGCUCUGAAAUUGGAAGGCAAACGAUAUAUGCUAAGCUGCCGUUUCCCGAUGUCCCUUUCAAUGGAAUCGCCAACUCAGGCAAACCUUCCAAACCAACGGCAACUCCUCGGGAGGAGGGCAAACCAGGACCUCCUAAGCUUACAGAAGAACAGCAGUACGAGAUCGCGGUAGCCAAACUAUCUGAAUUACCCGGAUUCCUCGAGAAGGGUGUUAAUGAGGAAGAAAUUGUUGAAAAUGAGGCUAUCGAAGAGGGGCUUGCGAAAGAGGAUAUCACCAAAAAGGAUCCCAUCAACGAAACUGUUGUCGAAGAGUAUUCUGAAGAUGAAGAUAUGACUCUACUCGCCAGUGAUGAAUCCGAUGAAGAGCCUGAAGAAGAAACGGAAGAACAAAAAGAAAUAAAACGCGCAAUUAAAGGGAAAGCCGUUGAUCGCGAGACUUGGAUGGGUUUAGACUGCAGGUUUUUUGAGUUAAACUCAAGUACACCUUUCGAGCGAAGGCGCCCAUUUUCGCACUAUCCGCGUAGGCCGAUGAGACUUCAAGAUGAUAUUAUAUUUGCCCGAGCCAUUCAUGAAAGUCUUGUUGAAGCCGAAAGGGACUUUGAAAUUUGGAGGCGAAACGAAUUAGCCGCUCAGAGCGUCGACUCGGAACAAGCUCUUACAGAAGAUGUUAGCUUCGAGAGAGAAUCACCAGCAGCCCCCCCAGAGGGAAUAAAUAAUGCGGAGACAGCUAUUAGCAUAGAAAAACCACAUACUCCCAAUAAAACUUACAUAGAACGGGCCUCAGCAGCACAUCAGCCAGCUAACUCCAUUGACAAAAAUGAACAACUUGAUACGCGAUAUCUCGCUACCUCAGCACUUGAUGACGAGGACGAUGACCCAUUUUCCCCGGCGGAAGAACGGGCCCGGAAGGAAGCCGAAAAGGCAAAUGUUAUUACAGUUGUACCUCUUACACCAGAACAAAUUCUUCAAAGCCCCGCAGAAAUUUACCGCGCAAAGCAGAUGGCGCUCAUGCAAUUAGAAACCGAAUCCAAACUAGAGCUUGUCAGAAAAGCCGUUGCUGACGGCCUGAAAAAGUAUGAGACCCCUCGUCGUAUUAAAUACGACAAAAUUAUGAGAGAUGCCGAAAAGAAAAAGGACGCCGAAAAGAAAAAAGAAGCUGCCAAAAGAGCCCGGCAGCAAUCUGUCCCUCGUCAACUUCCAACUCCUCCGAAACAGAAACUCGAAACUAUUAUUUCAACCUCCCCCGCAACGCCACGUCGAAUACGACCUGGUAUGUCAAAGGCCGAAAUCGACCAAACCAUGGAUGACAACGAAGACUGGAGCGAUCUUAUAAACAGCAGCCCCAGUCCUGCGCCUAGAUGGCAGCCACAAUUCCAACUUGACGACACCGUGAAGAUAUCCAAACCUCAACUCAGAACUCUUACCCCUCUAAAAUCUUGCCUUCGGCGACCAAAGCCCAUCACAAGCAAUACCGAAGAGUCUAAAGAAGCCACAGAUGAUAAAAGCCCUCCGAAUCCCGAGAAACAAAAUCUCCCCGAAACACCAAGGGGUCCUAAAAUGUCAUUGACCUUGGAAUCUUUGCCAAACCCGAAAACCCCCCCAAGGACAAACAUAGAUAGUCCCAAGCCGUCCUCAGCAAAACGCAUUCGUAAGCCGGGUCCGCCCCUACCGCCUCGCCCACUACACCAUGGUAUUUCAAAAGGAGACCUUCCACUCGCCAUCGUCAGAAAGUACAAAAUGUUGAUAAAUACUUUAUGCCCCCCGGCAUGGCAAAUGCUUGAAAUGUUCUUCGCUAAACUUAGUAGACCCGAUGCUGAAUACCAGAAUAGGGAUGAGCUCGUUGCUCUGGUAUUCUGGAACUGCGAACGAUCCACUGGAAGAAGGAUGGCAGAUAUGACGGCGGAUAGGAUUUUGCUAGUGGUCGUUGAUUAUGUUACGCACGUGCUACAGGAGAAGGACGAGGACUGA